AUGAAGGAUGAACCUGCAGACUGCGUGGAUGGAGAUGAAGAAAGUAGCAAAAUUAGCCUGGACCCAGAGGGACCUGAGCUUCAAGGAAAAAUUGCAUUAUCUUCACUUCACAUUCUGGGAUCUGACUUACCAGUAGAAGGCAAAUUAACCAAUCCAGUUCUGCGAGAGCGUCUGCUGACUACAGAUGAUGCUGACCUUUGUGACACAGAAACUGAAUUCUCUCUGCAAGAGGAAUACGAAAAGGAAGUCUUCACUUUCUCCUCAUGCCCUCACUCUGCCAGACGGAAUCAGGCUAGUUGCAACCCUGUUGAGGAUUUGACCUUUGGCCAAGGUCACAAGCUGGUAACAGAAGGAAAGCGCAAAGAUGCUCGUCUGGAGGAUGAUUUUGUCGGUAGUGAGAGUGAAGAGGAUGAAAUACAUACCAAGUUCCUUCAGAGAUGUGCAGUCCAUUCCAUUACUGCUCCCCCAACACCUCCUUCAUUUCAAAAAUACACAGUCCUACCCAAGUUCUUUUGUGAGCCAAUUAAGACUCACGCCUCCACAGUCCAGCAUGUCUCUGAAGGACCAAAGAGGCAUGAGCCCAUGUGAAUAGCACCAGCCCACUGCCUCUCAGCCAAUACCAGACAAGGGAGCGGACUGGAUCGGUCCAAAGCUGGAAGAGCGUUGCCUGAUGGAGAUACCAGGAUAUCUAUCAACAGAGCAUCUGGGUGAGAAAUUUCACAGAAGAAUUCUGGCCUCCAAAAGGUUUACCUUUUGAAGGGAUAA